GUUUCGCGACUGGCCAGAGGUGCCUCGAGGUGAAUCUUUCGUUCGUUCGCCAGUAUAUUCGUCGUUCACAGAGUCGCUGAUUUUCAUUUUCAUUUUACGCGCGUCUCCGUUGUUCCAGUGCGAGUUCGUGUGAUUUUACGCGGUUCCGUUUUUCUUCAGCUUCGACGUGGAUGGAACGUAUCUACACAAAUAUGUGUACAUCUUCAGACCCCAACUCUGGUGUGCUGGAAUAAGGCUCUGCUGCUGCCAGCAGUAUGACCCGGAUUCUGGUCAGGCACCAACCAAGUGGAAAUCGCCCGUUUCUACACUGAUAUCGAGAGAAAUCACGAGCGGAGGAUGCGAGGUCGCGAGAGGGCAAGGGAUGUCCAGUUGGACGCGGGAAGGUCGUCGCGCCGCUGAACCCUCUGGCUUGCUGAAUGGAAUGGCAAGGCGUGCGUCGUGGCGUCGCGUUGCGUCGGGAAACGAGACAAGCGGACACAAGAAACACGCGCCGUAGACCUUAACAAGCGUACCGGAAACGCGCCGUGAAACGAGACGAGGAAAAAUGGCGCGGCUUCUAUUCGCUUUAGCGUUGUCUCUGUUGGUGGGUGGCGGGAUGCUACAAAAGGGGGGCGUAACGAGGGGCGGCAGCGGUAUUCAGAUCGGUACCAGCGAGCGGGGAACGCACGCGAAGGGCACGGGCCUCCUCGGCGGCCGGGGUCACUCGGGGGUAAAGCUAGGCGAGGCGAGAUUCCCAAACUCCACGAGACAGAGACCGUUCACCACAUCGACCACCACGCCCUUGCCGCCGCCGCCGCCGCCUAAGUUCACCCACGCACCGAAUUCCGCUGAGGGGAACAUUACCACCUUGAGGGUAGGCAUGAUGGUUCCGCACAAGUCCUUCGCCGUGAGGGAGUACACGAAAGCGGUAACUUCGGCUGUUCAUACGCUGCAGAAGAGCACCAGGGGCCCGAAACUACGACUCUUCGAGCGAUACGACAUUCACGUGAAAGUGGCCAUGAAAUCGCUGACGCCAAGUCCGACUGAGAUACUGAAAUCGUUGUGCAAGGAAUUUUUACCGGUAAACGUGUCUGCCAUCCUGUACCUGAUGAAUUACGAAAAGUAUGGCCGCAGUACUGCCAGUGCUCAAUACUUUCUACAGUUAGCCGGUUACUUGGGAAUUCCAGUGAUCGCCUGGAACGCGGAUAACUCCGGAUUAGAGCGGAGGGCCUCGCAGAGCAAUCUGCAGCUGCAGUUAGCACCGUCGCUGGAGCAUCAGACCGCCGCGAUGCUGAGCAUCCUCGAGAGGUACAAAUGGCACCAAUUCAGCGUGAUCACCUCGCAGAUUGCCGGACACGACGAUUUCGUGCAGGCGAUACGGGAGCGAAUCUCCGAGAUGCAGGACACCUUCAAGUUCACGAUACUGAACGCGAUCCUAGUGACCGACCCGCGGGACCUGCUCGAGCUGGUCAACAGCGAGUCCAGGGUGAUGCUGCUGUACGCGACCAGGGAGGAGGCAGUCAGGAUCUUGGCAGCGGCGCACGACUACAAGAUCACCGGCGAGAACUACGUAUGGGUGGUGACACAGAGCGUCAUCGAGAAUCUGCAGACGCCCAGCCAGUUCCCGGUUGGAAUGCUCGGAGUUCAUUUUGACACGAGCACGGACAGCCUGGUCAGCGAAAUCACGACCGCGGUGAAGGUUUAUGCAUACGGAGUGGAAGAUUUCCUGAAGAAUACGGCCAACAGGAAUCUGAGUCUGAACACUCAGUUGAGCUGCGAGGGAAGCGGAGAGUCCCGCUGGAAGACUGGCGACUUGUUUUUCAAGUACUUGAAGAACGUCUCGGUAGAGGGUGAUCAGGGUAAGCCGAACGUGGAAUUCACUCAGGACGGCGUUCUGAAGGCGGCCGAACUGAAAAUCAUGAAUCUUCGUCCGGGAGUGAGCAAACAACUCGUUUGGGAGGAGAUCGGUGUCUGGAAGUCUUGGGAGAAGGAGGGGUUGGACAUCAAGGACAUCGUCUGGCCAGGGAACACCCACACGCCACCUCAAGGAGUGCCUGAGAAGUUUUAUUUGAAAAUAACUUUCCUGGAGGAACCGCCCUACAUCAACCUCGCACCGCCAGAUCCCGUCAGCGGGAAAUGUCUGGUGGAUCGUGGCGUUCACUGUCGAGUGGCCAAGGAUUCCGACAUGGUCGAGAUGGACCUUCAAUCGGCACAGAAGAACGAGAGCUUCUAUCAAUGCUGCAGCGGAUUCUGCAUCGACCUGCUUCAGAAGUUCUCCGAAGAAAUCGGCUUCACUUACGAGCUCGUUAGAGUGGAAGACGGCAAAUGGGGCACGUUAGAGAAUGGAAAAUGGAACGGUCUGAUAGCUGACCUCGUGAAUCGAAAGACGGACAUGGUGAUGACGUCUCUAAUGAUUAACGCGGAAAGAGAAGCCGUGGUUGAUUUCACGGUGCCAUACAUGGAAACUGGCAUCGCGAUUGUGGUUGCAAAGAGGACUGGUAUUAUAUCUCCCACUGCCUUCCUUGAACCAUUCGACACCGCGUCUUGGAUGCUAGUCGGCAUCGUCGCCAUACACGCGGCCACUGUUAUGAUACUGCUAUUCGAAUGGUUGUCACCGUCCGGUUUCAACAUGAAGGUAAACCCUUCAGGCGCUGCGCAGAAACCGAAGAACCCGUCGCCUAACCAUCGAUUCUCCUUCUGUCGGACGUACUGGCUGGUUUGGGCCGUAUUAUUUCAGGCAGCCGUCCAUAUCGAUUCUCCCAGAGGAUUCACAUCCAGAUUCAUGACGAACGUGUGGGCGUUGUUCGCCGUGGUAUUUCUCGCCAUUUACACUGCCAACCUGGCCGCCUUUAUGAUAACGAGAGAGGAGUUUCACGAGUUCACUGGCAUCGACGAUCUCCGCCUGGCCAAGCCGAUGUCCCACAAGCCUAUGUUCAAGUUCGGUACGAUACCGUGGAGCCACACAGACAGCACCCUGGCGAAGUACUUCAAAGAAAUGCACACGUACAUGAAGAAAUUCAACAAGAGCAGCGUCGCCGAGGGGAUCGAGGCGGUCAUCAGCGGGUAAGCGUGACAAAUGGCAUGCGCCCGUUCUGUUGGCCUCGGAAUUGCUAGUUUACCAUUAUGCUUACGACGGAACUCGGAACGGUUUAUCGCACUUAAUGAGUACGCAUUAUGUAUUCGUGGCUCGUUAUCGAAGUUCCCGAACUAGAGUUACUCGUCUAAUCUCUGGGAGCAAUAUGGGAAUACGAAAAUUCCAGGGGACUUGGAACGUCUGAGGCGAUACUGGAUGACAGGGACCUGCAAGCCUGGCAAAGAAGUGCAAAAGAGCAGCGAUCCCUUGGCGCUGGAACAGUUCUUGUCUGCGUUCCUAUUAUUGAUGAUGGGUAUUCUUCUGGCCGCAGUCUUUCUGCUCGUGGAAUAUUUGUACUUCAAAUACGUCAGAAACCAUCUGGCGCGUAGCGACGGCGGUGGCUGUUGCGCGCUUUUCAGCCUGAGUAUGGGAAAAUCGUUGACCUUUCGCGGGGCAGUGUAUGAAGCGCAGGACAUUUUGAGGUACCACAGAUGCAGGGACCCCAUAUGUGACACGCACUUGUGGAAAGUGAAGCAUGAACUGGACAUGGCCAGGAUCAGGAUACGACAGCUGGAGAAGGACCUGGAAGCGCACGGGAUAAAACCUACUCAGGCGAAGAGGAAAACCGGAAGCCUCGGCUGGUGGCGAGGAUGCUUUCAAAGCUCGGACCGCCAUACACAAGCGGAAUCGUUGGCGGUGGAAGCUCCGCAUCCGCUACCGCCAUACUUCGAUUCGUAAGUCCAUUCGCAACGCCCACAACAACGCAACGUAAGAAUCCACGCGACCUAUGCAGGCGACGUAGGAACUGGCGCAAAUAAAUACUUCCCGAUGCAUCGUCGAAUGGCGACCAACGAUUUCGCAGCGUGUUCAGCGCUUUUUCAAAACAUUUCGUCACCAUACUCGCGCGCUCGGUUUCUCAACGCCUCUCUAGAUUUAAUCAUGUGAAAUUCAUAUCAAUUUUUUAUUCUUUUCUUGUCGUAAAGACAAU